AGAUCUACACAACAUCACGUUAGCAUGCCCGUCCUGCAGAAACAGGACUCUCCAUAUACACGUGUCCCAUCCACAGUUUGAGUCUGUCAGAGGGGGCGUGUGCACUGUAGAGAGUCGGUCUCUUCCAGCAGCAGCAGGGACACUGAGACACCCACUGAGAGAGAGACAGAGAUUCACCAUGGCCUCAGCACUGACUUGCACACCCUUCCUUAUGUUGUCUUUUAUUUAUUUCUCGUUACUGUUUGCCAGCGUGUUUUGCGACACUAAUACAGAAGAAGAAGAUGAGCACGCCAAGCACACGUACACGGUGGAGAUGUUCAACGAGGCGGUGCCCACUGCUCCACACUUUGUCAUGUUUUACGCCCCAUGGUGCGGCCAUUGCCAGAGGUUACAGCCGGCAUGGAAUGAACUGGCAGAGAAAUACAACAGCAUGGACGAGCCCCCAGUGUAUGUGGUAAAAGUUGACUGCGUUCCGAACACCAAGUUCUGCUCCAAUGACCACGGGGUCAGGGGCUACCCCACGCUGAAGUUGUUUAGGCCAGACCAGGAGUCAGUUAAGUACGCGGGGCCCAGAGAUCUACAGGCUCUGGAGACCUGGAUGCUGAAGACAAUCCAGGAGGAGCCUUCGGAACCAGAGAGUGAACAGGAGCCUCCUAAAGCCCCAGAGCCCAAACAGGGCCUGUAUGAUCUCACUGCUCUCAACUUUAAGGCCCACAUAGCCAAAGGUGCCCAUUUUAUUAAGUUCUUUGCCCCAUGGUGCGGUCACUGCAAAGCCAUCGCCCCAACCUGGGAGCAGCUGGCCACCACCUUUGAGCACUCUGAUGACGUCAAGAUAGGAAAGGUGGACUGUACACAGCAGUAUGAGGCGUGCUCUGAGAAUGGCGUUCGGGGAUAUCCCACACUGCUCUUCUUCUACAAUGGACAGAAGAUAGAUCAGUACAAAGGAAAAAGAGACCUGGACUCCUUCAAAGACUUUGUGGACAGCCAGCUGAAGGCUGCCCUCGAGCAGGAGCAAGAAGAGAAACCAAUUGAGGAAGAAAAAGCAAAUGAGAUUCCCACUGAAGAGCCAGUCAAAGAGGAGGUUAAGUCCAACGUGUUGGAACUCACAGAGACCAACUUUGACGAGACAGUGGCCAAGGGCUUGACCCUCAUCAAAUUCUACGCUCCAUGGUGUGGCCACUGUAAGAACCUCGUUCCAACAUGGGAGGAUCUCUCCCAGAAGGAGUUUCCCGGCCUCACUGACGUCAAGAUAGCCAAAGUGGACUGCACUGUUGAGCGCACGCUCUGCAACAAGUACUCUGUUCGAGGUUACCCCACGUUGAUCAUCUUCAAGGCGGGGGAGCAGGGCGACGAGCAUAACGGCGGGCGGGACCUGGAGAGCCUGCACAGCUUCGUGAUGAGGCAGGCGAGAGACGAGCUGUAGAAACAGUCAAGUCGGCGCUCAACUGUCCACCACUCUGCUCGUCCACACUGCAUAUCUGGCCAGUAGGACACCACUCUCUCUCUCCCACAGUAGCCAAACCUCUCUCUAUCUUUCUCUCCACUCGGGUUCUCUUCAGACAGGAGUCGGCUAAUGACGGACUGUUCUUUCUCCUGUGUUCAAGGACAGAAUGAUUCAGUAGAGUGUUUGGGAUGUGAAUGUAUUUCUCAUUGCUGUCGCCCAGAGAAUACCAUCGUAUUGGUUGGGUCUGUAAUUGAAGUUAAUAUGUUGGACAACCACUUUACAAGCACUGCUCUAUCAAUCAGAACCAGAAUUCCUCGCACAGAUAAAAAUGUCUUUUAUCAAAACUGGUAGCACUGAAGGACACAUGUCCCAGUUUCUGCCUGUUCAAAAAAAAAUUGUUUCUGAUGAACUUCUGAAGCCAUUUGACUUUUUUUUAAAUGCUUAAUUUUAUACACGGGAUCUGUUGUUAAAAUCACAAGCCAUUACUGUUACGGUACUGUGAGUCAAAAAAAUUUGUAAAGUUUGUGUCACCCACAUGUGAAGUCGAGUGUUAAGUUGAUGGGUACUUCCUUUCCAUGCCAGAGUGACUUAACUCUCAGGGAAAACGCCCCGCAGACUAGGAGAAGUUGUGAUGGAUGGCGAUUGUUAUCACAGGUCUGAUCAUGGCACUGUUUUCUCUUAAUGAUGAGGAUUUUUAGAACAAAGUGAAUUAAAAGUCAUCAUCUCAAUUCAUUUUCGGACUCCUGUGAUCUCAAUGAGCCAUCCCUCUCUACUCCUCCUAGCAUUCAGGGUCUCAGGCCUGGACCAUGUUGCCCCCAUAUCUCCAUUACUGACCAUCUGUAGACUUCUCGUCAUUGCAUCCUACAAAUGUAGUACAAAAGGUGUGAAUGUAAAGUUUUUUUCUGGUAUAUCUCUCAGGCUAGGCCCAAUGUUCAAAGAAUUUGGGAACCAGUAGGUGGAGCAGGAGAAGACAGUUGGGUCACUUGGUAUUGAGAGUAAAAACAUGCAGCAGAAGUUCAGGAUCUUUUUGCAUGAGAAAUUGAGCUCCACUUCAGCUUUUACAAUCUUGCUUCUGUGGUUGGACAUUUUUUUUGUAAUUCUGCUUGUGAGGUUGGAACUGAAACGAACAUCCACUGCAGCUCAGGGUCAGGUGGGCUAGCUAGCAUCAUAUCACCUUUCUGACUUAUGAUUGUGAUCUAUACUUACCUUCGUGGUUGUACUGGCUGCAUCUGAAUGGGUCUAUAGAAUUCACUUUUCCUGCUCCCAAAUAAUGUUUCUAGAUGUCAAUUUUCUGACUAUGGAAAAUCAUGCUAUGAUGCCAGCAUCUUAAGGCACCCAAAUCUAUGGACUGAAUAGAUGAAUUGGUUUAACUCUGCUACAUGGAUAGUGGGGGUGAUCUGGUUGUAAGAUAUAGCUGCAGUCUCACUAACCAGUAACAUGAUCUGGAAAAAGAAGCAUCCUUUAUCGAUUGCAACCAAAAAUAAACCAUAACUUGGCUGGUUUUUAAUUUUCUAAACACUGGUGAGAUUGUUUAAACUGAAAGUCUGCUGUAUCAUAACCAUCAACCUACAAAUCCAACCUGUACAGAAGGUUAAUCGGUGUUUGAAGAUUCAACAGUCGCAGGCCAAGAAAGUCAUCUGUCACAAACCUGGUUCUAAAAGCAUUUCUUUUCAGCGCACUUCUCUGUGACUAACUGUGACUUCACCCACCCGUUCAGCAAUGCCCAUUACACUGCAAAUGCUCUUUGACCCAUGUUACGUGAAAAGUAUGUGCUGCAUGAUGCAGGGCACCUUUUUAUCGUCUUAACCCAGGUACACAAAACAGUAAGAGAGACGCAGCAGUUUUUUGUCAGUAAAAGUUUUUAUGGAUAGCACAUGGUCUAAGGAACUCCAGUGACAGAAGUAUUUUUUUCCUUGUGAGUCAUGGGUUGUGCACUACCCAUGGAUUUUGUACAAAAAAAGUGAAUAAUGGCAAGUUGUAACAUGAGAUUUCAUAAUAAAAAGAUUUUUCAAAAAUAA